GAUCACGCCAGCUGUUGGCUUCUCUCCGACAAUGUCACCCACUCCCACUCUAUGGCCGACCAUUACGAAAUGAUCCCCUUCAAUUCGUGUCUUUUACACUUUACAUGGAGAUGUCACUUCCCAUUGUUAGGAAGAUUAGUAACAUUGGUACCCUCAAAGCAUCUCUCACAAGAGAAAUGCGCACCCACUAUUCUAAAAACAUUUCACACCUCACGCCCUCGACGCAAGAUGGACAAAAGCCCUGCAGCUUCUGAGACUGCCCCUGAGUACAAAUACAUUGAGGAUUGUGAACGGUUAGAGAGGUACUGUCCAGGCAGCUUUUACCUGUUAAAGCUUGGUGAUUGACUCUGUGAUGGAUGUUACUCUAUUGUUCAGAACCUCGGAUUUGGCAGCAGCUCUACAGUAUGGCUGGCUUCUGACCAGAAGCAACAGGAGUUAGUUGCUAUCAAAAUAAAAUCCGCUGAUUCUGCCUCAAAGUCUCAGAAAGUAGAUAUUCUAAAACAUCUUCAUCUGCACCCAUUGAUCAGACAGCUGCUGGACAAUUUCAUUGAAAUUAGUCCCAAUGGAGCUCACAAUUGCCUGGUCAUGGAAAUGACUAGUUGUAGCUUGAUGCAAUCAAAGUCCUUGGCCUUUCACAGACUACUGAAUCUUCGUAUCACGCGAGCUAUUGCUGCAGACCUGGUGUUAGCCAUCCAGUUUUUACACAGACAAAACAUUAUCCACGGUGAUAUACAUUGCGGUAAUAUCUUUCUUCAACUUCCCACUGAUGUUCGCCGAAUGAUAGACCCUUCGCAACUGUAUCAGAAAUUUGGCAAUCCAAUUCUUGAGCCUAUUGUCCGAGUUGAUGGCAACCCUCUCCCAGCAGGAGUUCCUACUCACAUCAUUGAGCCUGCAAGAGUUGGAAUUCAGUCUGAUCAAAUCACCCCUACCUAUUUGCCCAUCAUGCUCUCCGAUUUUGGUUCGAGUUACUAUCCUAGUAAAACAAGACGGACUAACGCAUAUACACUCCCCCAUCUUGUUCCACCCGAAGUCUUCUUUCUUGACAAACAAAAUAACAAAUAUAACCUUUCAUUCCCCAGUGAAAUUUGGACCCUUGGAUGUACCAUAUUUGAAAUCAUUGGUAGUGGGGGCCCCUUUAGUACCUUAGAUGAUGGCAUACUCCAGGACCAAGUCAGUGUUCUGGGAAAGCUCCCUGAUCCAUGGUGGUCACAAUGGGAGUCCAGAGCCGAUUUUUUUAAUGAGGAUGCAACUAUUGAUAUCACAACUGAUGCUCCUUUCCAAGAUAGCCUGAAAGAACAGUAUGAUUGGUUUGUUAAUGCAGCUCAGCAGUGAUCAGACAUGGAAGAGCAGAGAGAGGAUGAGAAGAAGGCUUUCCUGCAUAUGAUUUGGAUGAUGCUUCAAUAUUUACCAAGUGACAGGGCUACCAUUCAGGAUGUUGUUGAGUCUGAGUGGAUGCAAAAAUGGGCAUUUCCUGCAAAGCAGGAAAUUAAGUAAAAAGUCAGAAAUAACAAUGUUCAAAUCACUACCAAAUUGUGGGUAGAUCUAGUGAGGGCAAAGAUGAUGAGAGUCACUCAAAAGAUAUGUUCUGAUGCUACAUUAUGUUUACAAUGCUGUUCAUUGAGUUGCAUUAAAUUAAUAUGUUACAGCAUUACUGUUAACCAAUAACUACAUAUUCUCAAUUCACUCAAGAUUAAGCAAAUUCCUGA